UAAAAUAGCUGAAUAGACAACACUGUUAACUGAACGCAGUUCGACCGCGUGUAGAUUUUAGCAUGAAGUCGGCCGCUACCACAGGCAUACUCAAUCCAACAGCUACUUUCAAUUCGCCAGAUACUUUCGUUGUGAACGGUCGUGUUUCCGUCGGAGAAGUUUAAAAGGAACCGAGAAAAUUUAAAAAUCGAAAAUUAUAUUCUAACUAGUGUAAGAUUGUGCCAAAGCUCAUAUAUGUACGACACUGUUGUUUAAAGUGCAAAUGAUAGGCACCACAAAAUAUUAUACGUGAGAUGUCAAACAGUGUCUAUUGAUAUCAAAUUAGUCUUUGCAAAUAAAUUAAUAAUAUUUACUGCAAAGCAUUGUUUAAAACCGAGUUGUACCAAUUUUGGAUUACGCGCUUCCUCAUUAUUGCCAUUGCGACCAUGGCGAAUACCCACCCAGAAAAACUCUUUAUGCAUCUAAACGCAUUGGAAUUAGCAGCUAUUAUUAUGAAAGAUUCACCCAAUUCCAACGACCGUGAUGCGGGUUUUUGUUCCGCAAGUUCGGAAAGCGAAGGCGGUGAGGACCUGGCGCACGAGCACGCGCUCAGUGGCAGUCCCGACAUUGGAUCAAAAGGAACAGACAACUCGGCGGACUCUAAGCCAAUUGCACUUACGCGUAACAAGCGGAAGAGUACGGAACCCUCAAAAGUGGUUGGCUUGCCUACAACCACCUCUAGUUCGUUGCCUGGCCCUUCGUCCAUUGCGAGUAUGAAUGCUACGGGUCCGUUGAAAAAACGUAUACGCUAUACCUCUUCUGCUGAUUCGGCGGUAGUGCUGUCACCUCCGGUCAUAGACUCUCCACCACCCAACAGUUAUUUGCCUUCCACGUUAGGCUCGGUGCAGGAAAUUAUGCCAAAUCCGGCUCAUAUAUUUGUCCGACAUCCAGGGGUAACUACUCUUCACAGACCGUUUCUAGCCCAUCCAGAACAGCUAGAACCACUUGCACUAGUGAGCAAAAAGAAUCAAAGCGUCGAUAAUACUGCUUUAAGAACAGAGAUUUUUGCUACUUUGAAUGGAAAACAGCAAUCUGCCAGAAAGGUGUUGCAAAAAAAGAUGCACAAUGUAUCAACGUCAUCUACAAUGUUGGACGUCAGUCUUAGCGAUGAGGAUCUAUGCAAGGCGGGAUUGGCACUUGAAAUGUCUAUAUCGCGACCUCAACAACAUCAACGCAAUUACAAAAAUAUGACGAGGGAGCGGCGGAUAGAGGCAAACGCUCGUGAGCGGACCCGGGUCCACACAAUAUCCGCCGCCUACGAGACGCUCCGUCAAGCCGUUCCAGCUUACGCCAGUACACAAAAACUCUCUAAACUCUCCGUGCUGCGAGUGGCCUGUUCCUAUAUACUGACGUUAAGCAGAAUGGCUGGCGAGGACUAUAGUGCUGAUCAAUCGGAGCCAUCCAUUGCAGAGUGCUUGGAAGCCGUAACAUCAACCAUUCAGACAGAAGGAAAGGUGAAACGGAAGAAGGACGAGUGAUCUGUCCAGUUUAGUCGAUAGACACAUCUUAAGACUAUUAAUGCGACUGAUUAUAGCUACUGUUACUAAUCAUCAAGUUUGCUUAAGCUAAGGAUAAUCCUGCAUUCAGCAUUCCUACUGUUAAAAAUAGUUGAGUCCACAAGUGGCCAUAUAGCUUUAAAAGUUUUCAAGGCUUUGUUUAUUUAUACAAAUUGGAUAAGAUUUAUGUGGAUAAAAGGGGAAACAAUUAAUGUGCGAAAUAUACUUUUUGAGUAUGCAUUCAUAUUUAAUGAACUAUAUUUUGAUAUUUUUUAAAAAUAAGUACCAGCAGGCACAGAAAAUAGUCAACACCAACAAAUUGAAAAGACAAGACAUCGUAAUCGUUAUCUUAAAACUUUAAAUGACAAUAAUGUUAUCAAGAUUUUUGUUUUAAACAGGACUCCUAAUUUUAUAUGUUAAAACACUAAACAAAUUUAAAAUUAUAAGAGGAACUUUUGCCAAAAUGGGUACAUUUUACUAUACCUUUUAGACAAUUUAAGAUAUAUUAUGAAUAAAAAUAUGUAUUUUUACAGAUACCUCUAAACUAAGCACCCUAUUAGAAAACUAUACAAUGUUUUUGACAAGCAAUAAACUACGUUUUUUAUAUAUUUGA